CUGGAAUCGGAAUCGCCCAACAGUACAGGUUCCGGUUCCUCUAAAAUGAUGAGUAUAGGAACCACAUUUCGAGAAGCAGAAUCGUAGCCGUACAAUGUCCAGCCUUAACUACAUAGUUUGACCCCUUAAGGAUAUGACACUUUUACCCUUGAAUUCUGCUCUAAUUUUCCGAGCUAAGGAAAUUGCCCUCGGCAUCUACGGUUGAGUGAGUAUGUCACCUCCAUGGCUUCCAUAACCCGAAAACUGAUUAUACCCAGGACGACGAUACCCAUUCCCAGGCUGUACGACCCAAGAAGUCCUCAACCCGACCCGGAUAACCCCUUCGUCCCCUUCUCCAAGCUUCGAGAGCGAAAGCUCCUCGAAACCCAUCUAGUCUCCCUCCUCGACGUCUGCAACAGCCUGCCCCAAAUCCGGCAAGUCCACGCGCAGGCGAUCCGCCGCGGCGCAGACCAGUGCUGCUAUGUUCUCACCAAGCUCAUCCGGUCGCUCACCAAAAUCAAUGUUCCCGUCGACCCUUACCCGCGUCUGGCGUUCGAAAUGGCCGAUGAUCGGAACCCCUUUUUGUGGACCGCCAUGAUUCGAGGCUAUUCGAUGCAGGGAUCGUUGGAGGAGGCGGUCAAGAUGUACGGUCUCAUGUGCCGGGAGGGUCUCUCCCCUGUUUCCUUUACCUUCACGGCGCUGCUGAAGGCCUGCGGCGAUGAUUUGGCGGUGGAAUUGGGGCGUCAGAUUCAUGGACAGUGUGUUAAGGUCGGCCGUUUAUGCUCGGACUUGUACACGGUGAAUACUCUGAUUGAUAUGUAUGUGAAAUGCAGGCUGGUCGUUUGCGCGAGGAAGGUGUUCGACGAAAUGCCUGUGAGAGAUGCCAUCUCGUGGACGUCCUUGACCUUAGCUUAUGCCAAGUGUGGGGAUAUGGAUGCUGCAGUCGAACUGUUUGAUGAAAUGCCCUUCAAGGAUAUGGUGGCCUGGACCACGGUGGUCACAGGGUUGGCUCAGAAUGGGAGACCGAAGCAAGCCAUAGAGCUCUUCUGCAAGAUGCAGAAUGCUGGCGUGCAGGUAGAUGAUGUCACAUUGUCUGGUGUUAUCUCGGCUUGCGCUCAACUGGGCUCCAGCCAACAUGCGGAAUGGAUAAGGAAUGUGGCCGAGAAGUCCGGGUACGGGCCUGCGGAUCACGUGGUCAUCGGGUCGGCAUUGAUUGACAUGCACUCCAAGUGCGGAAGCCUGGAGAGUGCUUGUGAGGUUUUUGAGCAGAUGAAGGAGAAGAAUGUGUUCUCUUACAGCUCCAUGAUUCUUGGGUUUGCCAUGCACGGCCAUGCAUCUUCUGCAUUACAUCUCUUCAGAAGAAUGUUGAGGACAGAUGUUAAGCCGAACGACGUGACCUUUCUUGGCGUCCUUCUGGCGUGCAGCUACUCAGGCUUGGUAGAACAGGCCAAACAUUUCUUUCAUCUGAUGGAGAACAAAUAUGGGAUCAAACCAGAGGUGAAUCACUAUGCGUGCCUGGUUGAUGUUCUUGGCAGGGCAGGGGAGCUUCAACAAGCCCUCGAUCUUAUUCAUAAAAUGCCCAUAAAGCCCAACGGAGGCGUCUGGGGUGCCCUACUAGGAGGUUGUCGAAUCCAUGGCAACCCAGAAGUAGCAGAGAUCGCCGCAAACCAUCUCUUUGAGCUUGAACCGGAUGGAAUUGGCAAUUUCGUCCUUCUCUCCAACAUCUACGCCUCUGCAGGAAGGUGGGAAGACGUGUUGAAGGUCAGGAAGAUGGUGAAAUCGAGAUUACUAAAAAAGAACCCAUCGCGCAGCUGGGUAGAAGGGGAUGGUGGGGCCAUCCACGAGUUCUACGCAGGGGAUUCUUCCCACCCCAUGUCCGGCGAGAUCAUGAGAGUGCUGGGGGAUGUCGUGGGGCAACUGGGGUUGGUUGGUUAUGAGCCCAACUUGGGCUGCGUGCCCUAUGAUUUGAAGGACGAUGAGAAGAAGAGGAUUCUGAUGAGCCACAGCGAGAAGCUGGCAUUGGGGUAUGUGUUGCUGACAAUGGGGACAACCUCGGAGAUCAAAAUCAUGAAGAAUCUCAGGAUCUGUGAAGAUUGUCAUUCUUUCAUGUGUGGUGUGUCUGGCCUCACUGGCAGGGCGAUCAUCGUCAGGGAUAACAAGAGGUUUCACCAUUUUCGUAAUGGUUCCUGCUCUUGUGCCAACUUCUGGUGAAGCCAGGCACAAAGCAGCUUUGAAUGUUGGAAUAGCAUAUUAUUCCUCUCGUUUGUGUUGUCUUCCUUUAGAAUACAAAUAUGUGCAUUGGCAAGCACAGAUGCACAAAAGGACAGUCGAAUCUGACGGGAUGAAGAAGAUGACUGACUAGCUGUUGGCGGUUGGCAGAUUCCAUUGCAGGGUUCUUCAUCUCCUCUGACUAAUCAAGGUUAGGAUCUUCC